CUUCAACGAACCCCGGACAUCAUUCAAAGAGCAGCAUUCUUACAUCCAGAUUCCAGCUCCCCACCUCCGUUGGAUCGCACAUUGCAGCUUUUAUCAGCAUCUCCUUACACCAUGGUUCUCAUCAAAUCUGCGGUUCUUUUAUUGAUUGCAAGCUUUGCAUUUGCAGCUGCAACAUCGAACGACAAUCUAUACUUUGGUUGCGGUCCAGAUUAUCCCAUUGGACUUUGUGGUAGUCGGGUCCCCAAUCCAGACAACUUACACAUGACCCUACCCCCGUCAAAGAAAGAAGGACCUUACAUAGUAUAUCCCUGGUGUAAUUCGAACGUCUUCAAUACCUAUUGCGGCAAUCAACGAUUGGCUGACGCGUCAGACGAUGAGGUUCAAGAUCCUUACAACGGUAUGGCCAGAUCAUUCAUAGCUCAAAACAGCAUCCCCAGAAGGGGAAAUCUUUGAAUCAAUUUUGCAUGUUGGGUGUGGAAAGCGGCAACCUCUUUCUUCCCCUGAAUCUGGAAAAGAGACAUUACAUCGAUUUUCUUCUGAUUUCAAAUAUCAGCCU